AUGCUCGCACACACUCCGCUGCACUACCCCACCCUCAUGAGCCGCCGCGUCUGCUGGCUCAUCCUGGCCAGCUCCUGGUCCGGUGGUGCUCUGGACCGUUUCCUCCUCACGCCCAUCACCAUGACUCUCCCCUUCUGCGCCUCCCACAAGAUCGAGCACUUCUUCUGCGAGGCGCCCACCAUGCUGCGGCUGGCCUGUGGGGACAAGGCCGCCUACGAAAUGGUGAUGUACAUCUGCUGCGUGGUGAUGCUGCUGGCCCCUUUCUCCGUGGUGGUGGCCUCCUACGCCCAGAUCCUCCUCACGGUGCAUCAGAUGAGGUCAUCGGAGGGGAAGAGGAAGGCCUUUGCCACCUGCUCGUCACACAUGAUGGUGGUGACCCUGUUCUACGGGGCCGCCUUGUACACCUAUAUGCUUCCCCAGUCCUACCACACGCCCCUCAAAGACAAGGUCUUCUCCGCCUUCUACACCAUCCUCACGCCCCUGCUGAACCCGCUCAUCUACAGCCUGCACAACAGGGACGUGGUUGGCGCGCUGCGGAGGGCGAGGGCCCGCCAUGGAGGAGCCUGUGGCAUGGGGAAGGACGGACUCUCCUACCUGAUGUAG